AUGCGUACGUCACUGUCACAGGUUGAAAACAUUCCUAACCUGUCGAAAUCAUCCGAGGAACAAAAACCUGUACGCGAAAUUUCUCGUCGAUCUCAAAAAACAUUUGAUCUAAAUGACGCCAAGGCAUUGAAAAAUGAAAUCGAUCAAUCAUUCAAAAGCACUGCGGGAAAACUGACGAUUUUCGAUCAACGCGAUGAAAUAGCCGAAUCUAUUCAAUCACUUGCCACACGAUUUCAACCCACACGUCCAAUAACUCCACCUGACGAAGAAGUAACGUAUGAUACAAUUCCACGUGAUGUGGAACAAUUAUUAGACUUCAUUCGGCGUCGCUUGGACAUCCGACAUAUUCCAUUAGACACAACGCGCUUAACAUCCGAUGAUUUGUCUCAAUUAGCGUCAGUUAUUCUCAGUCAGAUGCGUUCGAAAUGGAUUGAUAUUCAAGACAUAUGUGUUCAACAUCCUCUAAUAACUCCGAAACGAAAUCGGGAACUAGUUCGUCGUGUAAUCGUCAAUGCUAUUCUCAUUUGUGCUAAUAUUUUUGAACAUACCAUCCAAGAAGCACAAGUUUUCCAUGAUCGAUACGUGUUUUCUCAUGCAGCUAACAUGACUCGACUACGAACGUUACUCGCGGAUAAAAUCAAUGCUUUAAUUAAUAUUCAUUCAUUGCGUGAACAUCUCGCUGCAGAAAUGAUUGAAGAAGAGCGAUUAAAAAAGCAUAUUAUAUUCGAAGAUUCUACUACCAAAAGUCCUCGAAAACGUUUAGAUAAAUUAACAGUUCUUUCACAACACCGACCAGAUGUUCGCGAUGUGAUUGAACAUGCAGGUAAAAGCUACAAGUACAUACCACCGGACUCAGAUUUUGAUUCUAAACGAUACUUUCGUCAAAUGAUGGCAAGUAUGCCGGAUGCCGCUCAUUUACGUCGUCCGCCUGUCAUCUUACCACCGAUGAUGAAUAGGGAUGUGUACUCACCAAGGUCCUCGAUAGAUUCGCUCAGUCAAGCGAGAACCGCUCGACGACAAUCAGCUGAAAAAUUAAGUGAAUCAUCAUUGGAACGGCAACGAGAGACGGACCAUAUUCAAAGACGAAGACAAUAUAGUUCAUUACCGAAUAUUCACUCGAAAUUUCUUUGUGAAGAAUUCGAUUUUAAUUUUGAUAAUGUUAAGAAACAUCAACAUAAGACAACUGAUUUAAUACGUGAAAGAUAUAGCGUCGAAGAAAAACAAAAAAAGAGUAUCGAGCUCAAGAAAUCAAUGUCCAACCGCGAUGAUCUCCUACGAUUAUCCAUGCGAGUUACAACUAAUGAAGAUGACCAAGCAGAUGAAAUUCCACCACUAAUCAAAGUCUUGACAUCAUCACCUGACAGUCAACAACGUAUCAAUGAAUGUAAACAGACAGUUGUAGCUAUAGCAAAAAGACGAAAAGCUUUUCUCGACCAAAUCAAGGAAGACGUUCGAGAUGAACCAAUCUGUCCUCAACCAACGUCCAUCGAACACGCAUUUAAAAAUUUAACAUUCCGAAUCUCUGAUAUCACAUUAGCAAAUUUUCUCUUCCAAUCCUCAUUUCUUCUCACCAGUUUCACGACGAUAUUCAAUAACUACUUCGGUGAUAUUGACGAUGAUACAGCUGCAUAUCUCGAUCGAAAUUUACAUAUUGGUCAGCAGGUGAAAGAAGUCUAUGAACAAUUAUUAACAACAAUCGAUACGGAUCAUUGCUUUAAACUGGACAUGGAUAAAUAUGUCGUACAAUGUCCUAGUCGUUUGGAUUUACAAUCAUCGCAAGCAUCGAGAACAUUAACGAAACCAUUUAUUCAACAAAUUAAUAAUCGAUCUCUUGCCAAACGACAUGACCCACCUUGGAAAGAAUACGAUAACAACCGUCAACGUUGGAUUCAAACACCGGAUCCACAUCGAAUAGAAGAAGAAGCUGAAGCUAAAAAGAAAAAGAAUGCCAAAAGUCGACACAAAGGCCUACCCGAACCGACUGUCAGCAUGAGUCUCGUGCCUGACCCCCAAUUGAUAGCAGCUUAUAAACCGCGUAAUCCACGACAAACGCGUGAUUUUCAAUUAUGGAAAGAUUACUGGUCACAAGUUUACACAGAGAAUGAUUAUUUGAAGUACUUGUGUACACAAUCGACAGAUUAUCUUCAUCAUAUAUUUCAUCUACAUGAUAAACUACCCGAAGAUAAUCGUCUUAGUGAAGAAGACCAAGCUUUAGUUGAUGAACGUAAUCGUGCCUUGAAAGAACGCGAGGAAAAGAUUGCUCAACUGAAAGAACGAAAGAAUCAAUUUGAACAAGGCGUCUGGAAUGCACAAAGUGUUUUUCUCGGUGGACUUGGUCAUGAACCAACAUUACAUCCUGAUGACGAUCCAAUUGUGCGAUUUGAGCGAGAUCUGGAAAAUCGUAAACCGAAAUCGAAACGCAUUGACCUGUUUGAUCCCACCGCUCAUGAAAAAGCUCUUUCAGAUCAACGUCUAUUGGCCACCGUUUUGAAUAAUGUCAAGGAUAUCAAAGCGCAGAAACGAUUAGAACAAAUCUGGAAACUAGUGAAGAUGGUUGAUCAUGAUCGUUUACAUAUGGCUGUGAAAUAUAGUACAAUUGAGUAUGAAACAAAAAUUGAAGCGGCAUUAGAGGCUUGGGAAACAAUUGCACAACAAAUUCUUCGUCGAGAGAAAUUGAUCGUUGAUUUAGAGAAUUUCGAACGGACAGCAUCGGAUGCUAAUCGAUUUUUCGAGUCCGGACCUGUGGGUGGUUCAAAAAUGCGUUUAAGUGAAUCACGUCGUCGAACGUAUUUAUACAAUCAAUUGUCUAUACUCGAAAAACAGAUAACGGAACAAUGGAAUAGCAUCAAAACGAACCUCGGUGAUAUAGUUACUUAUAAUGGUCGUAAUUAUCUCGAUAAAAUUCAAUAUGAUAAACUGGAAAUGUUACAUUAUUUACAAGAAGAACGUCGUUUGAAUUAUUUACAUUCCUAUACAACCGUUGGAAAGCAUUCUCAACUUGACUCGACUUUUAAUCAUGUUUUAUAA